AUGCAUCAACACCCUCGUCCGCCUCCUCUCACAGCAUCCCCCGCCGCCUCUGAGCAAACAAACCCUAGCCGCACCAACAACCCAAGAGAUCGAGACGUCCAGGCUCUCCGAACAAACUCUCCUCUCACCCAAGGCUCCGGUUCGUCCGAGGACUUUGCUUCUGCCCGUCAAGAUCAACCUGCGGACAACCCCGGCGUCCAAAUGCAGAGGCUCAAUCAGGUCAUCCAGAACUUCCAUACCAAGUCCGCCUUGAUUAUCCUGCAGUCUCGAGUCGAAUUGGCACCGGCCUACUCUCAGAAGACGAACGAUAAGAGAGUGAAUCGGUGGUUCAACAUUGACAUUGAGGAGACGGAUGAGUACAAAGAUGACAUCAAGAGGUGGAAGACAUGCGAUGUCGACUCCAACAGGCCUCCUCCGUUGGUCAUUGAGCUUUUCCUGAGCACCGAGUCUUUGCAACAAGGCCAGCGACUGGUCAUUGUGGACGAAGACGGCAAGAGAUGGGAUGUCAUGAAUACCUUGAUGUCAGCCCAUAGUGCUUUGCGCGGGAACCAGCGUCGAAUGGCGGACAUGGAUGAAGUCAUCCUCGAGCGGUGGACUAUAGAGCUCGGUGAACCGACAGCUCCCAUCCCUGCAGAUCUCGCUAUGGUGCUGCCACUGGUUUACAAAAAGAGCAUUGUUUUCUUCAGAUCUCUCUACACCUACAGCAAUUUCCUGCCAGCUUGGAAAUUGUCAAGGAAGAUUGGCAAAGGACGCUCACAUAUGGCGAUGAAGCUGGGCUAUAGAUUGGUCGACGGCUCUCACAUGCGGAGCUUGUCUCGCUCCGACAACCUGGGCACGCGACUCUUCGACAGCAACUCGGGCGUCUUGUUGUCCUACGAUUUUGGUAUAACAGAUUCACCUGCUGGUCCUUUUUCUGUCAAGGUUGAUUACCGCCAGAACUGUGAUUUUCGGAUAGACGACUCCGAGGAGUUGCUGAGCUCUCGGUUCUUGGGCGCUGAUGACGAGCUAUUUCGGCCUUCAUUACCCAGUGAGAAGACGCCCAGGACAGAAAUUGGAUCUUUGCCUGCAGAUCGACGACAGAGGCUACUGGAACAAGCAGAGCUGGGUCAUGCAUAUGGGAGUCUGACGAGCUUCCACCAAGCAGGUAUUGCUACCGGAACCGAUCCAAUUUCUGCUUUGCGAAACGCUCAAGACUUCAAUGCAAGCUCUCCUCCUGCUCCUGAACCAGCAAGGGCAGCUGUGCCCUCGCAAGCAGCAGGCCAAACCUCGCGCAAUUCUCUCAGAAAUGCAGCAUACAACCGGCGAAGUUCAACUUCGUUCUCCGUCCAGCCUUUCAAGACACCCACUUUGUCAGCAUCUCCACUGGGCGUUUCUCCUUUGGCCAGUUCGCCAAGAACGCAUUCUGCACGAGUUCCCGUCCUGGGCUCCUUGACGGAAGAGGGUAUUCCUUCCUCCACAGCGGCCCCUGUUACUCUGGCCGGGCGACGAGCUGGAUCUCUUGCCUCGGACAACGCCAUCGCCUCUUCCACCUCAAGUUCUCCAAAACCCGCUCCUGUCACGAGAUAUAGUAGUAGUUUUAGCCACAGACGAGCUCGGCUUUCCUCGGGAGGAACAACUGUACGAACAGAUGAAGAUCAGACGAGCAGUGGAAGAGGAAGUGCCACCUCGUCUGCUCAGCCUGGUUCGGGGCUGAUGACAGAGGGACCCACAGCAGGUGGCAGCUCGGGUUCAAUGGGAGAUGACGACGGAGAGAAUAUCUCGAGUUUCUUGAAGAUGCUGGAACAGCAAAAGGACCUUCUCACUCCCACAACCACGACGGCUGCCGAAGCAAACACGAGGAGAACUGCCGCUGCCCUUAAUCGAUAUCACAGAAUGCGAGAUUCCAAUGCUGCUUUGUCGGAUUCUAUGACGUCGUCGUUGAUGUUGCAGAGAUCGUCGGCAUCGUCCAGUCGUCAAUUGUCUGGAGUUCCUCCUAUGGUAGCGGGCACCUCUAUGUCCACCUCGUCCUCUCCGGGAAAGCCAAUCUCACCUCACACACCGCACACUCCCUUUGCUCCGUCUCGACUUAGCGCUGCUUACAGCCAUGAUGACGCUGACGAGCCGCACCGUCUGGCUCCCGAAGAGCCACCAUCACCGUCCGAAGCUACAACAGAGGAGACUGCACACGCUCAGUCAACCUCCAAUGUUCCUGCCAUCGAUAUUCCCAGCUCCCCUAGGCCUUUUUCGUCAUACCAACGUUCAAGCUCUGCUCAGCGCAGGCCAUUGAGCUCAGACGAAGACAUUGGUGAUCUGUAUGGGAUGCGAAGUGCCAGCAUGGGAGCUGAUCGUCGGGGUCACCGCCGGGAAUCUGCUCAAGAUCAUGCCAAUGGGGCUGUCGCAGAUGGACAGAUACCAAUCCAGCCACCGUCCAUCGGGUCACCUCGACAAUCGUCCCAAGUCCAUCGCCAUUCGGGUCUGGCGACAGCCCUUACGAACGAUGACGGCGCUUCCGAUAAUUCUGGCUCGGGUCGAUCCACUGCCUACCGCAAUCAGGUUACAGCCGCCAGAAACGGCAUUGGACGACGAGCCACACCACCUACAGGAUCAACAUCAAGCAUGGGCGGAACUCGAGGCAGUAUUGAUCCCGGGGGCAGCAGUGGCAGCGUCCCAUGGCGAGGAAGAAACAGUGGGAGUCGACCCGAGAACCGAUUCGACGAUGACGAUCUUCUACCUUUCGCAAUGGAAAAGAGCGAUUUUAACACAGCCGGGAGAGCAGGUGAUGGAAGUUGCCGAGAAUAG